AUGAGAAGAUUGGUGUUCCUGGUAGUGUUCAGCCUCGUCACGUCACACACAGUAGCUGACGAUGUCCUGACGUGGCUGCUUUCCCACCCACUACAAAAUGGAGCCGGUGGCCGUCAUAACGCUCGUGACCUGAGUGCUGCCAAAGGCUCCCCUUCGCCUUCCCUGUACGACCCCUACCAGCACUUCCGUCUGUGUAACAGUGACCGAGCCUGUGAGCGUCGCGAGUUCUGUGACCAGCACUACGGUGUGUGCAGGGAGAAGCUCGGGACGGGACAGUCCUGUCGCCGUGACUCCAUGUGUGCCCGGGACUUGGACUGCAUGUUCGGAGAGUGCCAGCAGCGCGUAGAGCCAGGUCGAGAAGGGGCAAGAUGUCGCAGGGAAAGGGAUUGCGGCCCCGACAUGUGCUGUGCGCGGCGCAAUGGUGAACAUAUCUGUCAGCGACGGCUGCCGCUCGGCCACAAGUGUUUCGUGCCAGAGGGCGGCCUCGAGUACGCCAUCAACGAGCGAUGCCCCUGCCAGUCAGGACUCAUCUGUAAAUACACCAGCCCAAAGCCUCCACCCAGCGACCCAGCAAUGGUCUGGGCAACUUACGAGAACAUGAGGUGCGUUCCUCCAUCUCACAGCCCACACACAAGUGGCUGACUUGAGGGAGCACAAGCUGAAAACUGAAUGAAAUACGCCUGAUGGCUCCUCACGAGGAUAUCAGCAACGGAUCCAGCCGAGGAGAGGCACCAGUCACAGUCUGACUUUGCAGCAGGUCAUGCCCCGCACGGUAAGGGGAGUUACGGCCUGACCGUGGGCACUCACAACGCUCCAGGCCGACGCAUAGCCAAUGAGGUCCAAAUGACGGCCAGAUGAGCUCAAGGUGAAGGAGGAGUCCAGCCAACCAGUCACAGCACGCCAGCACGACGCACACUCCCUCGAGGAGCGACAACGCCAGGUGUGAGACAGGUUACGGAACGAGUUUGAUAAUGCAAAAUACAAAUGCAAAAUCAUGGUUAUUGUAUUAUUAACACACACACACACACACAC